AUGUUUUGGCGACUGUUAGGGGUUUUAGCCGUGUCUGGGGUUUUAGGGUUUCUUUCCUAGUCCACUUUGGACUUUUGAUUAAUAUAUUAAUAUGUACUCGAUUUGAUUUUCUCCUUCCCGAUUAAGCUGCGGCUAGGGCUUCCAUUCUCAUCAUUCUUAACGAAUAAACCCUUUUUUUUUCUGUUUUUUUUUUCUUUAUAAAAAUUUUCUUUGUGAGGGUUCACACAAUACAUAUAUACAAAGCCUCAAUCUUGAUCAUUCUUUGAAAAUAAAUCAAUUUUCAAUCUGGGUUUUUGAUUUUUGUGUAAAAAGAUUUGAUUUUUAGCAGAGGCUCUGGGUGUUCUUGAAACUGAUCAUCAGCACACCUUUUCUCAGGUUUGCUUGCUCUGCAUUGAUUUUUUGUUUUUAGCCCAAAAAAAACAGCUAGGAAUUUUAGUUUUCGAAAUAAUCAUAUGAAUAUUUGUGAUUGACCAUAUAUAAGAUUUUCUUGUUUCCUCCUCAUUGCAAGUUUUAGGAUUUAGUUGUUUCUUGAUUAUUGUGUAGAGUUAAAUAAAAAUCUGCAUUCAUUCUAUACUCUAUAUAUUUUUUAAUUGAAUUGCAUUGGUUAUAAGUGUAUUGAUCUUGUUAAAAAUUCGGAUCUUUGAUUAUUAUUAGUUUUUACUGGAAAGAAGAGAAUGAGCUUUCCUGAUCCCCCACCACCAUCUCAGUCCUUUGUGUCAUUGCCAUAUUCUGGAGGGGAUAUGGGAGGUUUCUGGCCUCCACUGCAGAUGAACCAAGAACACAUUGAGUUGUAUUCCCAAUUUGAUAAUGAGCCUCCUCUUAAAAGAUCAAGAAAUUCUGAAAUCAAUCCAUUGGUUUCUUCAAAUGCCCAAAAUCCGAAAGUGAAUCCACCGAAUCUCCCUGGAAAAGGAUCAAACCAUAUAUUUUAUAAGACGCGCAUGUGUGUGAAGUUCAUGGAAGGGAAUUGUAGGAACGGCGAGCAUUGCACUUUUGCCCACGGGGCUGAGGAUCUUCGAGAGCCCCCUCCGAAUUGGCAGGAUAUUGUUCGUGAGAAGGAUAAGGAUAGGGGGGCGGGGAACUGGAAUAAUGAUCAGAAAGUAAUACAUAGGAUGAAGAUUUGCAAGAAGUUUUAUAAUGGGGAGGAGUGCCCGUAUGGAGAGAGGUGUAAUUUUCUACACGAACGCUCGCCACAAUUCAAGAAUGAUAUGGCAAGAGAACAGAGGGAAAGUUCUGCUAUAAGCAUUGGAACUACAGGUUCUAUGCUGGGGAGGAGAAGUGACUCCGAUCAAUUCGAAAUUAACCAACAUGCUAGUGUUGAUUCGGAUGCUUACCGGAUUAAACCUACAUUUUGGAAAACGAAGAUAUGUAGCAAGUGGGAGAUCACAGGUCAGUGCCCCUUUGGCGAGAGGUGUCACUUUGCUCAUGGCCAUUCAGAGUUAAAGGCUCCGACUGGCAGAACUGAGAUGGAAACAACAACAAAUUUUGCGCCCGCCCCAAUCAAGCCUCUCGCUCCUGCAGUCGAUCCAUCCCCUGCAAACGCGGUUCCAUGUGUUCCAGUGAAGGAACAGCAACAACAACCAGAAGAGGGCAAGAAGUUCUUGAAAUGGAAACCGACCAAGAAAAUCUGUCCGAUCUAUGCUGAUUGGAUCGAGGACCUAGUCCCGCCUCACCUCCUGUGUCGAAAAGCAGAAGACGAGUUCUAAACGAGCACAUGAUCAUCUGGGUCGAGUCUUUUCCUUUACACACUCCGAAGGGAGAGUGUGAUCAAGAUAAAUCAAGAUUGAAAACAUUCUUUCCACUUCGUCUAGUUAUUGCAAUUUUUUCGAUUAUCAUUUGAGAUUUUACUUUCACUACUUGAUAGUUUUGGAGUCUGGAAUUUUGCACUAUAAUUAUUUUUUCUUUGGUUGUAAAGAAUUGUAAUAAGCUAUUACUUAAGAGUUCUCUUCAUAAUAACUAUUCUUAUUUCCAUUGCUUAAAA